AUUAAUGUAUUAAUAAAUUUUACAAGCUGCAAUUGGAACAUUUCUUACAUCAGUCUUUGGUAUUUCAUUUAUAAAGAAAUGAGGACACUUUUGGUAUUCUGAUAGUUGUUUUGGAGUACAAUGGAAAAUUGGAGCCUAGAUUAAAUAAUCAUCUUAGAAUGAUAAUUCAAAUGGUUAAAUAAUUGAAAUUUUGGCGCGUUUUGUUAAAAGUUACUGCUUUAUACUAUUUUAUCAAUCUCUCAAUUUGAAGGUAUAUAAAAUAUAUUUAAUAUUAUAGGACUACAGUUCAACAUUUCAAUUAAUACUCUUAAUAGUUGGAGGAAUAAUUUUACCAAAUGGUUUAUCAGCACUUGCUUGGGAAAUGAAACGCAAAGAAUAUAUUAUUAUUUAGACAAGUGAACAUGUAGCAAGUUUAUUAAUUUUGGCAAUAUGUGCAGAAUUUUCAUAAAAAUCAACUUGA